AUGGCCUCCGCCGUCGUGCGAGCUGUUGCCCCUGCCUCGAUGCGCCGCGCCGGCCCCUGCCUCGACGCGCCGUGCCCGCCUCGCCCCACGCCACCUCGGUCCGCUCGUCGCGGGCGCCGCUGCCCUGCUGUGCCACUGCCCUGCCGUGCGCUGGUGGCCAUAGCGGCGUCGCGGGCAUCCGCGGAGGCCGUGGCCGAGGGCGCUGAGCUCCACGCCCACCUCCGCGCGCCCCGCUCCGCCCAGUCCACCUCCGCGCGCGCCGCUCUGCCCUGCCCGCCUUUGCCCGCGCCGCUCCGCCCAACCCGCACUGCAGCUCGACCGCGCCGCCGCUUCUCGCCGGUGCUUGUGGCCGGCCUGGUGGCCAUCGCCGCGGAGGGAGGAGGGGCGCCGCGGAGCACGCCCACCAAAGAGCCGCGGGGCCUGCCGGUCCUCCCCGCCGUGCCGAGCCAUGGGCGGGCAUCCUGCGUGCGCGCCGAGGGGCAGGGGCGGGCACCACGGAGGGCCGCCGCCGCACGCCGCUAG